AUAUUAAUGCAAGGUUUUGCAAAUAGAGAAGCAGUGGCUACAACCCUAUCUUCUCGAAAGGCCACAUUCUAUAGCCGAUCACGAUCUGCAUUGUGGACCAAAGGAGAGACCUCUAAUAAUUUUAUCAAUGUUCAUGAUGUCUUUAUUGAUUGUGAUCGUGAUUCUAUAAUAUACCUUGGGAAACCUGACGGGCCUACCUGUCACACGGGGGCAGAAACAUGCUAUUAUACAUCAGUUUUUGACUUGUUAAAACAGCAAGAGGAUGAAGGAAAUAAAUUGGCAUUAACCUCUUUGUAUGGGUUAGAGUCAACAAUCUCCCAACGUAAAACAGAGUUAGCAGAAACAGAAAAUGAAAAGCCUUCGUGGACAAAGCGAUUAUUGCUUAAUGAUAAGUUGCUAUGCUCUAAAAUCAGGUCGAGUAUGUCUUGUUAUGUUAUUCUGUAGUUU